CGCAGCAAUGAUGAUCUCGAACACCUCUAUGCCCAAGUAUCUGCGCAGGAUCUAAACGGCGCUGCUGUAGGCUAAUACAAACAAUAAUAUAUCGCUGCAUUUGAGGUAUUUUCAUGCUAAAAGGAAUGUCGAGUUGUUCGUUUUUUGAACGCCAUGUGAACACUUGCGUAUUAAAUAGACAAUAUGAAAAGCGCUUUGGAGUCUAAUUUAAUAGUUAUGAUAAACGAGCUGUCGCGGCCUACUUAGCCUUCCGUCGUUCAUCCCCGGCCUUAAUUUCGCACAAUCCCUGGAUCCUAGUGCCGCUUCAGGCGAAGGUGUUCGUUCAUUUUUAUUGAACAAUCUCUUUAUUUAAUACGUUUUGUUUAAACGGCUUUUUGUUGCAACAAGGCUGAUGAGAAAGUAACCUUAGUAUCACCUAAGUUUACCUAUGUAAUACUGCAAGGCCAACGGGAUUUAAAUGCAGCAUAGCCUACCAAAAAUUAAUCGGUAUCUUAAAACGGGAAUUACACACAAAAGACGUAUUUUGUUCCACGCUGGGUGUACUUGGAUUUUUAAUUGGGAAAAAGUUGAGAAAUACUGCUAACAGAUUUUAUGCAGAAUCAUAGGCGUCGCUUUCUAAUUUUCGUGCUUGGCAUUGAGUUUGCAUAGGAGAAUAACAAAGUGCGAGAAUUACAUUUUGUGUAUUUUUACGGUUAUUGCACGACAGACAUGUCUUUGGUAGCGUAUGGUAGUAGUGAUGAGAGCGACGCUGAAGACUCGCCAAAAUCUUUGGGAGCCGGAGGCAGGAGCGUUGGACUUUUUGCGAGCCUCCCUGCACCUAAAAAUCCCAGUGCGGAGGGUCUCAGAGACGCUGGAGCAAAUGUCCCGCAACCUCGAGAUGUUCCGCAGAUCUCCGGGGCCACGCAGCUCACAGCGGUCCCCAACCCCAGCCAGAAGUCGGAGUCUAAAGGCAACGAAGACACAUUAAGUCUGGGGUUUCCCCCUUCAAGAGGUACGUUGAGUCAAGAGUCGUCGACUGGACUACUUUUAAAUUUGCCUAAACCGAAGAAGCGCACGGAACCAGUGAAAAUUUCCAUUCCUGAAAUUCAGAGAGGCGACUCAGAUUCAGAUGAGGAUGAACCAGCGAAGAAGAAGGUACUGCCUCAGGGCUCUGGCGGCGGCCUCUCAUCUCUUCUGCCUCAGCCACGGAACCUGGUCCUCAAGGAAACCCAGCGGCCCUUGGUGCCCCACACCCUCACCAAGCGACCUCAGGAAUCCAGGACACCGGCUCGCUCGCUGGGUGCCACCCCGGCUCCGGGGGCCAGUGCCUCACCCUCGGCUAUCAAGGCAGCGGCCAAGUCUGCUGCCAUGCAGCUGGCACGGCAGAUGGCGCAAGAGGAGGAUGGCAGUGAUGAGGAGGUGGCCCCCGAAAACUACUUCUCCCUGCAGGACAGCGUGGAGCCACCCCCAGCUACCCCGGUUUCUGACCCCGAGCCCUCUACUGCCUCUGUCCUGCCCCCACCCCCAGGCAUGGAGGCCCCCUUUCAGUCAGACGCCCCUCUAGAUUUUGGUUCGGCCCCACAGGGAUGCACGAGACCUAGUAGUACCUGGGAUGGGCAGGAGAUGGAUUCAUACUACCCUCAGUACCAGGAUGCCACUGGUCAAAUUCCAGCAGCCGAUGCAUUUUCCCAGGAGUACUACGCUGGGAACUAUUACCAGGAGUCUGAGAGUGGCGUGACGGGGGGGGAAGAAGCCGGUUCAUCGUCCCUGUUUGACGACGAGGCGUUCCGGCGACUCCAAGGGAAGCGGAACCGGGGAAAAGAGGAAGUGAAAUUUCUCGAAAUAAAGGGAGAUGACCAGCUCAGCGGGAGCCAGCAGUGGUUGACCAAAAAUAUGACUGAAGAGAAGGAGCAGCGUAAAUCGUUUAGCAAGAAAAAAGGAGAGCAGCCCACAGGACAACAGCGGCGUAAGCACCAAAUCACGUAUCUCAUUCAUCAGGCAAAGGAGCGGGAACUGGAGCUGAAGAACAGCUGGGCCGAUAACAAACUGACCCGUCGGCAAACGCAAGCCAAAUACGGCUUCUAGUGACCACUGUUUGAGUGGGCAGGAAGUAGCCUGGUGUGGGGUGGCUAAACUGGAAGAACACAUUAAAGCUAAAGUAGUACCCCUCAGCUUGGGUCAUAUUUAUAUAUGAGGUUUAUUGUUAUAGGGGCUCAGUGUUGCAUCUUAUUGACCUGAUAGAGCAGUAUUUCCCAACCUGGUCCUUGCUCCUACCCAGUUCCUGCUAGAGCAAAAACAUGGACUGUCUGGGUCCCUGAGGACCAGGUUGGGAAGCACUGAGAGGAUUAGACUCCUCCGGCAUCUGCUCCCUUUGUCUGCCUGUUUCCCCUCUUUCCAUUUGUGUAAUUCUACCAUUUUGUUCGGCUUUUUUUGUACUCUGGCACUGUUGAAGCUAAUGGGAAGAAAAAAAGAAUUCUAAUUUUGAAUUUCCUGAAUACACGUGUAGUCAAAUUUGAUAGUUAAUCCUGGAUUGGUUCUUAUGGCUCCAGUUAGUUAUACAGAACUAAUUUAUUGGUUAAAGAAAAGUUUCCUUGAACUGUCCUUAAUGGUUUGCUUGUUAGAUCUGAGAAUCAGGAGCUGCUCUAUCAGAUGUUGGUGAUACACAAUCCAAUUAUGGGCAGCAGGGCAUUGCUGGCCUAGUAGCAGUAUAGAGAGUCUUGCUACUCAUGGCUCUAUUCCUUCAACACUUCAUGCAGUGCAGGGUCACUGGAAGCCUGGAGCACAUCCCAGAAAGCAAGCUACUGGACACACUGGAUGGAAUACCAGUCCACAAUUUCCGCAACUUAGAAUAAACUUGUGCGGAAACGGGGCGAAUGUGAAAACGUAUCCGAGAACACGCUGCAGUUCUCUCAGCUGCAUUUUCAAAGCAGUAAAAACCUACAAAUGUUUGUCAAGUGCUAACUAAACUUAUGGACUGGGGUGAAAAUGUAUCAGCUGAAAUUAAAUGUAUAAAAGCA